CGAGCCAGGUAUUUGUGUUAUUAUUGUCGCGGCCGUGCGCCAGAAACGAACUCGCGCUCGCUCUCGCUCUGCUGCUCCACAAAAUACGGACUUUUUGACUCGAUCAAUGGCCCUGGAUUAACUCGCCACUGCCCCUGCGACCUCCGACUAAGGUGCGAUGCUCAAGUGGGCAGUCGGGGCUGGCGAUCACGCAGCGUCGACCGGGCGGCCAGAGGCUGACGGCCAGUCCGAGAUCACCGACACACCCACGUCGAGGCCGCGUCUCAGCCUUCGACGGACCUCGGAGCGCUUCCACGUGCUGCCCGCCCGCGAAAUGCAAAUUAAGUGGGCCAACGUCAGAACCAUUUGCAAGGAGGGCAAGGAGAAUCCGUCUUCGGAGCACAGACUGCGGCCCUUUGGAGCGGCGACCACUCAGCUGGAAAUGGAGCAGCGCGGCCCUUUGGGCGACGUCACCAACCAAUCGCCGGUCACGUCACCGAGGACGGUGGUGCCCGCUGAGAAAAAAGCCACGCCGGCGAGAAUACGAAGCCGACGCUCGGUGCCAAAAGCUAGGAACGCUGCCGAUGCCGAAAACAACAGUGAUUUGAUGAGGCCAAACUGCACGUCGUGCCACUCGACCCCGAAGCGGCGGCUGUCGAAACGCACGCCAAAGCGCAAGAAGACGAUGGAGCCGCAGCUGAACGUGUCUCCGUUGAAGCCGUCCGAUCUGUGCAUCGACUACAGUCCGGACCUGGGCGGCAGCCUGCUCGCCUUGCGGAAACGAUUGGAGGAGUCGGUGGGCAACCACCAGGUGGAAAAUCCGCUCUACUUCGACCUGCAGCCCCCGGUGGGUGUGCCGUCCACCGUGUCGCCGCUGAGCCGGCGGGUGUCCAAACUGAGGCUGUCUACCCCCGAAAAGCCGCCGCCGUUGCCGGAGAAGCCACCCCCCAAACGGUCGGACAGCGACAACUCGGUGAUGUCACAAUUUGUGGCCAGUCUGAAGGACAUCAACCUGUCGCCGCUGGACGCGACCAUCACCAACAACUCGCCGCCGACCAGCAGCAGCGGCAGCAGCGGCGGCAGCAGGAAGAGGACCCGGCGCCACUCGGACGGACACACCCCCGUGGCCGGCGUGCAGCGGCAGCGCCGCUUCUCCGAGACGUCCAGCGUGUCGGCCAGGUCGGCGUCCAUCGGCAGUUCAGGCCACGACACGACCCUCAAGGCCAACGAGGCGUCCAUCGCGCUCACCCUGCCCACGCCCCGACUCACCCCUGAGCUCAUCAGCUGGCGCAACAGUGUCGCCUCCAGCGAGGUGUCCGCACUCAACGAGACCUGGGACUCGCACCGACUGCACACCCUGUUCAGGCAGCAGGACAAGGCCCUCCCCGCCGACCAGGACACGCCGCCAUUCCAAGUCACGAUGGAAACAAAAUCAAUUGCGGACAUGGCGCGGCAAGAGCCGUUCACGCCACUGAGCGCCGCUUGCGAGGCCACAAUCCAACACGCGCGAAUCGUCGACCUAACCAGCCUGACGAGCAGGGCAGCCACCACCUCUGGCGUGGACAUCGUGUCCCUGAUCGACACGGUGCUGAGGGAGGUGAGGGCCGAGGCGGACGUGUUCCACACGCCCGUGGUCGAAAGGAGCUUCAGCGAGCAGCAGUCGAAUAAGGACAGUCCCGUCGCGCUGGUGGACAGGCAGUCGCGCUCCAGACGAUGCCUUUCGUACGUCUCUCCGUGCGGCAGGCAAAGGUCGGCCCUUAACCUGACGCCCUGCCGGAAGAGAAAGAAACGGUCCAAGGCCAAAGGCGAGCUGAAGCUGUCGCUGUACAGAAACGCAGGCUUGUUGACUGUUCAUGUGAUAAGUGCCACUAAUCUACCCCAACGUGAUCCUGGCAAACCAGCCAGCGCUUUCGUCAAAAUUUGCGUGUUGCCCAAGAAAGGUUGUGACGGCGGGCCAAUUGGUGAGACGCAGCGGACGAACGUGCGGCGUCCAGCCUCCGGUCCAGCCGGUUGUCCCGUGUAUCGCUUCGACCAGAAGUUUUCGCUCGAGCUCGACGCCGAGGAACAAGUGGCCAGCGAGUGCCGCGUACUUGUCUCGGUUUGGCUACGCCCCAGAGCGGAAAAACACCGAAAAAGCGAGUGUGUGGGAUGCAUGUCCUUUGGCGUCGGCGAUGUAUUUAAACAGGACGUGCGCGGAUCUUUCUUGGUACUUUCUCCGAGCACAGGACGCUCCCAGAACGUAGCUGUCACCAAGUCCACCGGCCAGUUAACAGGAUCAAAAAACAGCAGUGAGAUGGCGGAGCACAUGUCAGACUCGAGCCUGGACGAUGCUCGCGAGAACGACGCAGUCACGCCCAGACGUCACGACAAGAGGCGCUCCGGAUACAGAAAAGCCUUCUCAACACCAAGCACGCAGACCGAGGACAAUACCUUCUUGUGUCACUUGGAGCUGGAGCCACCUGCCGAUGAAGGGCAGAAGCCGAGUUCCGCCCUGGGCAGGACGCCUUUCACCACCACCAAAAAACUGAUGCGAAAGCAGGGCACCGGCUUUGGCUUCUCCGUCGCCUGGACCCAACCACCAAGGGUCGAAAGAGUGGAGGUUGGGUUGCCCGCGGACAAGGCCGGCAUGAGGCCAGGCGACUACAUCAUUUUCGUUGAGAACCAGAACGUGGUGACCAUGCCCGAAGACGCCAUUCUCAAUCUGAUCAGAUUGGGCGGCAACAACCUGACCCUGGAGGUGUACCGGCGCACCACGCCGAACGGAGUGGUGCUGCAGCAGCCGCAGCAGACACCCGCCGUGCCGAUGCCGCCGCCGGCGACGCGGCGUUCGGCGUCGGUGACCGACUGCAGUGCCACCACGUCCGACCUGAGAAAAAGACUGCAGCUGCCGCAGGUCACCUUCUCCAGCGAGGCGGUGCUGAGCACCGACGACGCGCGUAAAAGGGCCAUCUACCAGCUGCUGCAGAAGCUGCAACAGUUUGCGCUGGCGAUGCGUUUCGGCGUCGACCGCUUCCUCGUGCCUCUCGCCGACCGCAAAGACCUGCUUUCCUCGCAGGAUCACUUCAUUCUCUUCCAGAACAGUGAGGAGCUGGUCAUGCUCACUGAGGAGAUGCUCGAACAGAUGCUAACCGACGACACAGACUCUCUUGGGCAAAACCUCGGAAGGGUUUACGUCAACAAGGUGCAAGCGCUGACGAAUGCGUACCGCAAGUACUGCCUGGGCCUGAAGAAGGCUGAUUGCCUGUUGGCGCAACAAAGCAGCCACCCCGGUUUCAUGAAAGUAGUCUCCGACCCUCCAAUUCCCAAAAGACGUCCAGAUCUAACUACCUUCCUCCACAAGCCUCUCGAGCACUACCGGGAAACUUUGAAGCUUUUGCAGACCGUCCUGAAAAACUCUAAAGUUAAUGAUGAAGAAUACGCAGCUCUUUCAAAAGUGGUCCACGCGUUCGAGGUCACUUAUAAGGAUAUCACGGCCAAUUCCGGCCUCAUGGAGCCCGACUCUGAGGGCAAACCGCUUCUCUCCAUCCAGGAUUUGGAGAGCAGACUCGUCUUCACCAAAUGCAAGCCCUUCAAGCUGAAUACGGGUGGGCGGCAGUGGAUCUUCGGCGGCGACCUCAGCAGAAUCGAGGGCCGCAGCUCGAAGGCCUACUGGGCCCUGCUGUUCAGCGACCUGCUGCUCCUGGCCACGGUCAGCCGCGACAAGGUCCUCUUCGUGACGGACGAGCCGCUCUCGCUGCUGGCGGUCACGGAGGCGUGCUUCACGAUCAAGAAGAAGGAGAAUGAGUUUCGGCUGAUCAUCGACGCACCACCCCCCAGUCCGCUGGACGCCAACGCCAAGAAAGACAAGUCUGGAAAAACCCGUCGAAAAAGCAUCGCAUUCCGAGCCCCUACGCCCGAGCUCAAGGCUGUGUGGCAGAACCUCAUCCAGAGACAAAUCAUUUACCUGAACACGGUGCGCGGAGGCACGCCGAGCGCAAGUCCCCUCGAUUCGCCGGCCGAGCAGCCUUCGAUCGCCACAGUGGACUCGCCGAGCAGACUACAGGCCGGCUCGCAGAAGGCGUUGGACCAAAUCAUCGAGCAGAAGUGCCGCUUGUUAGGCAAGACGGGCAUCAACAAGGGCAGCCUUCUGCACUUGCAGCAGUGGAUGACUGGACAGCUUGGAGCUAAUCAGACUGACUCGCCUAUUACCCCAGAGGCUGAAUUCGAGAUUUGGUCUCCGGCGACCUUACGAAAGAGAACCUUGAAGCUGAACAGUGGCGGGCCUCAUGGACGGGCUGAUAGCAGGAUGUCCGAACUAGAAAUGUCCUCGCCUGACCCCGACAAAAGCCCGAGCCACAGCACGGAAGGCAGCCAGGUGACGGUAAAGUCAGGAGGAAUCGCGAUAGUAAAACUAGUGCCGAAGCAAACGACGGAGCAGGCGAAAAAGAGCUUCUUCGCCGACAUGGGUGCGAACAGCAGCAAGGUGCAGCAGCAACAACAAGAGGAGAGAAGUCCGAAGCUAAGCGGCAGUCCGUCCGUCUUCAGGCAGGAUCUGUACAAAAAGCUUCCGGCGCUGUCCUCGCCCAUUUUCAACUACAAACCGAGCUCGUCAGGGUGCGACCUGCAAAACGGUAGCCCCCUGGCGUCCACCUUCGGCCGUAGCGCAUAUAGCAACAACAUUGGCUCCAACAACGCAGCGGCCAACAACAGCAACAACAACAAUAAAACGAGACUGGACUCGACGAGCAGCGAGUACGACUCAGAGGAGGGCGAUAAAUGGGAGCCGCUGCCGUCUGAGAUGGGCAUCACCCUGCAGAACAUCAGGGACCAUGAUGAGGUCACCAGGGUGCCCAUGAUCGCCAUCGUGCCGCCGACGCCGUCAGACGUUAGCAUCGCUGGUGACAACGACAAACAGACUGAGUUUGAAUGGGAAACGGCUGCAAACAUGGUUGCCGACGCGUGCAACGACGAUGAAGACGAAGACUCGGACUACGAGGAGCAGCCGUUCGCCAGAACCCUGUCCAACAGUGCAUGCUUUAAAGUAGAAAGCGCGGCAGCACGAGCAGGUAGUCCGGUGCCGAGUGUAGGAAGCCACAAAUCUUUCGAGUCGCCCCCGCCACGGCAGCCGGCCACACUGAGUCAAACAGAAAAAUACAGUUUAAAAGAGCUCGGAGAGGACGACCGCGACUCGAGCGCCUCUGAGGAAGAGCAAAAUGUCGCUCCGGAGCAUGCCGACAACUUGCGGAAGUACGGGACGCUGCAAAGUCUGGAGAAUUUGCACACGGCCGGCCAGGACGGCCUUCUGUCCAAUUCGAACGCCGGCGACGAGUCGAGUGACUCGGCCGAGGAGGAAAUCGAGUUUACCAAGGACCAGAUCCGCUACAACUGGAGUGGUGCCUCCGACGCCGCUAGCGCCGCGCCGCUUCCAAAUUCGCCGGGCGCCGAUCGAAAGGCUCUAGUGACCAUUGAUGACAUGAAGAGCAAGUCGCUUAAAGGUUGGGGCGUGCACACGGGCCCCUCGGUGGCCGAGAAAACCAAAAUGUUCGAGGAGCUGAAGGCCAAGGACAACGCGCCGCCAAUUGACCGCUUCAUGCCGCAUCCCGUCUCGGCGACAACCACACUGAUCGGCGCCUCCAUCCCCCGUACCAUCUCCUCGUCGUGUUCCAUUCCCGGAAACACCACCUUGCCCGCCCCCAAGGUCCCCUCACCCGCAGCCCCAGCACCCAGCACCCCAAAAUCCGUACCCAAAGAGCAGCCCCGAACCGUGGCCCAGCUGACCAAGGUAGGCCCGAAUGUGUAUCAGAACAAAUGUACCACUCCGUCGGCGUCGGCGUCGACGUCGUCUCAGCCGGUGACGCGGCACACGGUGAUCAUGGGCACGACGGCGACCCUCAAGACGAAGGCACCGGCGGUGCCGGUGCGGGCCAAAAUCUACUCUUCGUUCAACAAAAAGUCGCCGGCGCCGCAGCCGCCGAUCCCGGCCAAGCCCGCCGACAUGCGCAAGCCGGCCGCCCCCGCGCCCCCGACGGUCAGGGCCGGCCCCAGCACGGCCAAAGCGGCCGCUCCUGCGCCCCCAGCAACAGUCCUCGUGGCGCCGCUCAGCAAAAUAACGCAGCCGCCGCCGGCCACUUCAGCGGCCGCGGCCGCCGCCAUCGCAGCGGCCAACCAGAUCGGCAGCCCAGACAGCAGCGUCUCUGACAAGGAAGAGUGGGGCACGCCGGAAGGCGGCGAGCCCGAGGACACCGAGGAGGAGCUGAGCUCGAGCCAGGACAUCGUGUCGCUGUUCCCGUGCGUGGGCAGCGAACACCAGGGUGGUGGGCAGCGCUCGUGGUCGCCCGACGACGACGACCAACUCACCCGACUGCUGACGGCGCCGCCCCGCGUCUACCCGCGCCGCCGCCUCGAGCCGCUUUACGAGGAGGAAGACGGCGCCGAGACGAGGCCGCGGCCCCGCCUGCUCAGCGACAGCUCCUCCAGCGGCGGCAGCAGCCCUGACCGGGGCAAGGCACCGCCCCCGCCCCGGCGUGGCUGCCUCGUCAAGCCUGGACAGGGAAGCUGGGCGGACGCGUUUCCUGACACUGGCUCGCCAAUCCACUGUCCGCAGGGCAAACAGCCGCCGAGCGGCUGCGGAGUCGCUACGAACGGGCCAGGAAUGAGCGGCUCCUCUGGCUUACUUCGGCGGCUGAAGCUGGCGAGCAGUCGUCGCAGGGACUUUCCAGGGGUCGAGUCUCCCCGCCAGGAGCGCAGCCAGACGUCAAAGCUGCUUCGCCCCCUGGGCGGAAUCCUCGGGGGCAGUCGUUCUGAAGAAAACAAGAGCGGGGGGUUGCUGAGGCUCUUCUCUAACAACGCCGGCGCCAACACCGCCGUCGCAGCCAACAACAAUAACAACAACAACGGCCCCAACAAGUCUCCCGUGAAGGAGACGGUGCCUCUGGAUUUCCUGUCGUCAGGGCUGAAAGAAAAAUAUUCGAGUUGGCUUUAAAAUCACUGUGAAGGAUGAAAAGCUCGACCGGCGAUUCUGGAAGCAGCUGAAGCGACGACGCAGCAGCCUGAACACGACCACAGCCUCACCGAUCUCGUUAACCAGCUCCAUAAUCGAGCAGGAAACCUAGGAAUCGUCUCUCGCCACUGACAAGAAGCGAAAUUUGGUGCUACAAACGAACAAAACGGACUAAGAUGAAGCCUAGCAUGCGGAAAUUGAAACACCACCCAAACUCACACGUGUUUUUCUUACAUUUUUUAUGAGCUGCUCUCGUGCAUAGCGGAUAUUUUAGAAGGUAGUUUUAAAUUCUUGCGUCCGGCAGGUAAAUGGAGCAGGUGCCAAUGUUUUGCUGGACAUCUCUCUGUGAGUUUUGCCAGUUUCGGUGUUUUCCAAACUCUCUUUUUGGCCUUUGCCGUUUUAAUAAAGAGUGAAUGAAUGUUGUCGACGUGCAAAUUGCAUUUCAGCUUGUUUAGAUAAUCGGAGCCGCUUUAACUUGUUGCGAAAAUUGCGAUUUUUUAUUAGUUUUUACACAUUUAAUUUACUAUACACUCAAACGUUAAAUUAAAUUUCGUGUGUACAUUUAGCGAAGCUGUGGAUUUGUGAGAGGAAAUCAAUGUUGAUAGUGUUAAAAGCCACAUCUUCCUUUUUCGGGGAUGAAAUUAGUGAUAUUAAAAAAUAACACGACACACACAGUUCCAGUUAAACAUUUCACGCGAAAGACAUAAAAUGUUGUAUACAAUAUGUAAAUAAAAAAAGAGAAUCCAUGUGUGCUAGCGCGCCGAGUGCCAAAGCAGGUUUCGACGAGGAGCGAGCUUGAGACUCAAAAAACAAAAUGUUGAAAAUGACAAAAAUAUCUCGUUCUUGUGACUGGAGAAAUAACACGCCGCUUAGGGAAAGAAUAAUAAUUUCGUAUUGUUACACAAUCGUUACGAAAGAUUGAAUUCUGCUUCUUGAUAAUAAAUUUGUUGCAAAACUAAA